AUGGAGACUGCCAUGAGAGCCCACAAUGCCUCCUUUCCCAUCAACAUGCCCUCCAAGGCGCCGGCCGGUGCAAACUACUACCCCGUCUCCCGCAUUGCCGGCUCUCCCCCUGAGGUUUCAGAUGUCAGCACCACCACCGGCAGCGCCAGCGGCGAAUACGACUCUUCGGCCGGAUAUUCGGGUGUCGACGUCAUCGACACUCUCAACGACCGCAUGAGCAACGUCUUCGACCCCUCCCGUCUCGACCAGGGCAUCGCAAAGCAGACUCAUGCCAUGAAGGCAAAGGCCGAAUCUGCGCUUCCCAAGGAAUACCGCUCUGCAUCAAGCAAAUACGCUUAUCCCGGGGACUACUGA